AUGCGGGAUGCAAUUCUUUCUCGAGAUAGAGGGUCUGCGCCAACAGCCUCCACCCAAGGAUUAACCCAAUCGCGUCGGGACAGCACGGUUCAGUUGUCCAAGCGCUCAGGCAAACCUCCGCCAAACCACUUUGGGCCUGGGAUUCAACACAAGAACAAACAUAAAGUAAUCAGCACGACUGGAUUUCAUCCUGUCCCCGGAAAUACAGUAUUCAAGAUGGCAACUGGUGUGUACAGUGGACACGACAUCAACAAGGCUGGAGCAUCCCUCGUUCAGCAUAUUAAAAAUGCGCUUCCAUGGAGCUCGAAGAACUCCAAACUCGGUGGUACAGGAUAUCCAAAACCGCAAACAGGCUUCAAGAAGAAUGCGUCUGACAAUCCUUCGCCAGAGCAUCCGGAUAAGGUGGCCUACCACUUCCCGACCCAUCCUUCUAGCCUGUUCGGAAAACUGCACCACCCUAAGAGUCCUGGUCCAGAUCGGCUGAUUGGCCAUCGCAACACGAAAGACGGAAAACUGCAUCUUGCCGUAGCAUACCAUGACAAGUCCAAACCUAUUCCUUCAGCUCUGUCUGGGCACAAGCCAGCCAGGGAUCACCCUAUGAGUAUGGCACAUCCAGCUCCAGGUGGUUCAUGGGCCGUUAAAGGGGCCAAAAUAAUUCAGGGCAUGAAGAAGAUAUUGAGAUUCGGUAGACACUAA